AUGAAACUCCACGCGCGCAUUGCUUCGUGUGUCCAAAUUGCCCGCCACCCCCCUCCCAUGCAUGAGCUGAGCCGACGAAUAAAAGAUCCGCAUUGGCCUCGAACGAAAUCAAAGUCGGUCUCUACUGUGGUCAGUGGUUGUCCAUCGGGCCUGAACCGAUCACGCGAGCACCGCGCACCCUUUUUCCAAUGA